AUGUCGACCUUAACAUCACCAUGUCGACCUAAAACAUCACAGUCUCGACUUAAAACAUCACCAUACCUAAAACAUCACCAUGUCGACCUAAAACAUCUCCAUGUCGACCUAAAACAUCUCCAUGUCGACUUUAAACAUCACCAUGUCGACCUAAAACAUCUCCAUGUCGACCUGAAACAUCUCCGUGUCGACCUUAAACAUCUCCAUGUCGACCUAAAACAUCUCCAUGUCGACCUAAAACAUCACCAUGUCGACCUAAAACAUCACCAUGUCGACCUAAAACAUCACCAUGUCGACCUAAAACAUCUCCAUGUCGACCUAAAAAAUCACCAUGUCGACCUAAAACAUCACCAUGUCGACCUAAAACAUCAACAUGUCGACCUAAAACAUCAACAUGUCGACCUAAAACAUCACCAUGUCGACCUAAAACAUCACCAUGUCGACCUAAAACAUCACCGUGUCGACCUAAAACAUCACCGUGUCGACCUAAAACAUCACCAUGUCGACCUAAAACAUCAACAUGUCGACCUAAAAUAUCUCCAUGUCGACCUAAAACAUCACCAUGUCGACCUAAAACAUCACCAUGUCGACCUAAAACAUCACCAUGUCGACCUAAAACAUCUCCAUGUCGACCUAAAACAUCUCCAUGUCGACCUAAAACAUCACCAUGUCGACCUAAAACAUCUCCAUGUCGACCUAAAACAUCACCAUGUCGACCUAAAACAUCACCAUGUCGACCUAAAACAUCAACAUGUCGACCUAAAACAUCUCCAUGUCGACCUAAAACAUCUCCAUAUCGACCUAAAACAUCUCCAUGUCGACCUAAAACAUCUCCAUGUCGACCUAAAACAUCACCAUGUCGACCUUAAACAUCUCCAUGUCGACCUUAAACAUCACCAUGUCGAUCUAAAACGUUUCUCAGUAAUAUCACCAUUUCGACCUUAA